AUGUCUUCUAAUGACAGUUAUGAAUUUGAUCUCGAAUUUUAUUGGUCAGAGACUGGACAAGGUCAAACUACUCAACCACAAAUAACCAUUCCAAAAGGUUUCGCAUGUGAACAUUUUAAAUCUUAUUGUUCAGUAGAAAUUGAUCAAAGAAGGUUGUUGGUUUGUAAUGAUAUUUCUAAUCCUAUUGAAAUUCCUUUAAGUAAUUUGGAGGAUUUCGAAUAUUUUGAGAAGAAAUUAGAUUCGAAUCUUGUUGUUGGUAAUGAUACAUUUCCAAUGGAAUUCUUCUUCAAUACAUCACAGAGAACAGUCAGUUUAUUCCCACUCUUUAAACAUUGUGAUUAUAACAAGACUGAAGGGAUUGGUCACUUGGUAAUUCUAUUCGAAACUGGUUUAAACAAACUCAUAGUAACUGAUAUGAUACCUCCACAGAUUUACAAUACUAAUGUUCAUUCAUUUCUAAAUGAUGAUACUUUCUAUAUUGGAUUUAAUCAAGAAUUAAGAAAACUAACUCAUCACACUGAAAAGUUUACUCAAAUUUGUGCUACUGAAAAUAAUGUAUUACUAGACACAAGGUCAAAUUCAUGGAAAGUUUACAAUAACAAACAAUCACUCAUUGAAAAAACAUCUAAAACUAUUCCUAAUGCAAUUUGUCUCAAUUUUAUACCAUCAGCUGAUUAA